GCACUGAUCAACUUGAGUUAUCUAAGCCUUUAAUGUAUCACAUUUAUGUUAAUAUGUAUCCUUAUAAUAAUUUUGGUACAGAGGAUGCAAAGUUUGGCAAGUGGAGGCAAGCAUGUGUUGACUGGUUCGCAUGUGGAAACGCGUUCUUCGUACGUGCUGUAGGGCGAGCAACUUCAAGGUAACGUGGGGAGCAUCUUUUAAGACGACAACCUUGACUCUCUCUCUCUCUCUCUCUCUCUGCACAGGAACAAUGAGAGAGAGAGGAAUGGGGUCUUCCAACCAUGCUUCAGCUUUGGUCGUCUGUGCUUUGGCCUUAGCCAUGGCCUGCACCGCCGUAGCACAGAACACCCAGCAAGACGUUGUUGGCGCCCACAACUCCGCCCGGGCCGCUGUCGGCGUCGGUCCUGUGUCAUGGGACGACGACAUCGCCUCCUAUGCUCAGAAGUUCGCCAACAAGCGCGUCGCCGAUUGUCAGCUCGUGCAUUCCGGCGGGCCUUACGGGGAGAACCUCUUCUGGGCCACCGGCGGAGCCUACACCCUGACCGACGCCGUCAACGACUGGAUCGCGGAGAAGCAGUACUACGACUACGAAAGCAACUCCUGCGCCGACGGUCAGGUAUGCCGACACUACACGCAGGUCGUGUGGCAGAACACUACGGCCAUCGGCUGCGGUUGGACACUGUGCAGCGACGGCAACGCCAUAUUUAUCCUCUGCGACUAUAGCCCUGCGGGCAACCUUGUGGGUCAACGCCCUUAUGAGGAGAAGGCACAAGAAAACAAUAUACUGAGGUUUAGGGCUUUUUCCACUGCAGCAUAUUUGGUUGUCAAAAUUAGUCCCUAAUUCCUCUUCCUCAUGAUACUGCAUGCAUUCCCUUUUGGCAGCUUGAUCGUCUUGUUCGAGUCGAGUAGUGUUCCUGGUGUGAGACAACUCUGACCUCGAAUCCUGUGAAGCAGAAGAGGCAGGUGUUGAUGUAGCAGAUUCUUGUUUGUUUCCGCUUGCUGUGUUUCUUGAAUAGUCAACUGCAUCUCCAUCUUCCACCA